AUGUCAUCAACAACUCCCUCAUACCACAAAGAACUUCAAGUUGCUACUCUUGCCGUGAAACGAGCAUCGAUUCUAACCAAACAAUUGAGCGAUUCCAUUUCCCGCGCUAAAUCAGGAACAAUCACCAAAGAAGACAAGUCGCCAGUGACAAUCGGAGAUUUUGCCAGUCAAGCUAUCAUUAAUAACGCUAUAAAGUUGAAUUUCCCCCAAGAUGAAAUCGUAGGCGAAGAAGAUUCACAAGAUUUACAGGACAAUUCAAAACUCUCGUCAGAGGUGUUGAGUUUGAUUACCAAGGUACAACAAGAGACCAGCGAGUACGACGAUGUUAUUGGGACUUUAUCCAAUGAGGAAUCUGUUUUCAAGAGUAUCGAUUUUGGUAAUUCGGAAGGUGGAUCAAAGGGACGGUUUUGGGCACUAGACCCUAUUGAUGGUACAAAAGGGUUCCUCAGAGGUGACCAGUUUGCUGUGUGCUUGGCUUUAAUAGAUCAAGGUAAAGUUGUGCUUGGGGUUAUUGGAUGUCCAAACUUAUGCCAGUAUGUUGAAUCGAAUGAAAAGCACCACGGUACAGUCGGUGGUUUAUACCUGGCUGUCACCGGCCACGGUUCAUUCUACUCCGAUUUAUUCUUGCCAGGGUUCAAACCUUUGGAUCAACAGGAACGUAUACAUAUGUCUACUCGCCAAUCACCAAAGGAUUUGAAGGUGGUGGAAGGUGUUGAAAAGGGCCAUUCCUCCCACUCAACCCAAGCUCAGAUCAAGGACAAGAUUGGGUUUGAUCAGAGCACAGUUUCUGCCCAAACAAUCAAUUUGGAUUCACAAGUCAAAUACUGUUUAUUAGCCAGUGGUCAAGCUGAUAUUUAUUUGCGUUUACCGAUAGAUGAUACAUAUAGAGAAAAGAUUUGGGAUCACGCAGCUGGUAAUGUGUUGAUCUAUGAAGCGGGAGGUAAAGUUGGUGACAUACAUGGCACAGCAUUGGAUUUCAGUAAAGGCAGAUACUUGAAUUCCAAGGGCGUUAUUGCUGGAAAUAGUAAAAUUUUUGGCAAGGUCAUCGAUGCGGUCAAGGAUGUAUUGAAACUUUAA